AUGAGACGUGCUAAUCAUGCAUCACUUUCUCGCAACUGUGUUCAUUUUGUUCAUCCAUCACUGAUAAAAAGGCAAUGUGAAACCUGUAAUCAAAAUACUUUUAAAAACGAACAAGAUUUUCAACUACAUGAACGAGCUUGUAGAAAAUAUUUUACUGAUAUUUUAACCACGCGUUCAGCUCCAAGUUUAUCAAGUGAAUACGAUAUUUUAGAUGAAUAUUUGCUCGAACAUCAAAUAGAUGGAGAAGAUGAUGAUAAUGAUUUAAAUCAAUAUCUGCCUGUCGAUCUAGAUUCAAAAACGAAGCAUUGUUCGUUUACACUUUCUCAAACAGUAUCACCAUCUCCAAAAAGGCCACAUACUCGAAUAGACCAACACUGGCGUAGAACUCGUACAAGAAUACGUCCAGUUGAUCCUGUAGAUGAUGUUUUAGGUGAUUUGGUGCAUGAUAUACCAGCAAAAAUAGACUCUCAUACCGGUUUUCAAGCAACUAGUAUAUCGAACGACUAUGCCACUGGUCUAAGUUCACCAAAUGUAAGUCUUCUUCUAGACGAAUGGAUACAAUGUAAUAAUAUUAAUAGUAGAAAAAUAUCACCACUGAGGUCAACCAGCAAUCAGAACAAUUUAGGUGAUCUGCUCCGCUAUCAUUCUUCUCAAAGAUGUAACAGCAAAAAAGACGAGAGCGAUAACGCAUGGUUCGAGAUGUUUGGUGAAAAAUUCAAGAAAAUUUAG